AUGUGCUGGCGCGAUCCUGACAGCCACAAGAUCAUUGCCGGGUUUGACGCCUCCAAAGUCCUCAGUGAUGUCGACGGCCAAGACCUGAGAACACACUGCUAUGUCCUGCAGGAUUUGGACGAGCUGAUGCUGAAGGAGGUGAGGAAGUACGGUGGGGAGGUGGAGUUUGAUGCCGAGGUUGUCGGGGUUGGUCAGGAUGAGGAUGGCGAGGUGGGGGGGAGGGCGUGGGUGGAGGUGAAGAGGAAGGGAGGGGAGGUGGAGAGGGAGGAGGCGGAUUAUGUGGUUGGUUGUGAUGGGGCAAAUAGUAUUGUCAGGAGGAGCUUGUUCGGGGAUCAGUUUCCUGGGUUUACUUGGGACGCGCAGAUUAUUGCUACUAAUGUUUGUUUACUUUUCUCAUUGUUGUUGUUUUGGGCGUGGCUGGGGCUGACAUGGAAACAACAGACGUUUUACGACUUUGAGGGAAAGUUUGGGUGGCAUGAUGCGAAUUUCAUCGUUCACCCGGAGAACUUCUUUGUAAACAACAUGUACCGCAUCACCUACGGCGAAACACCCGGCCUGACCCGAGAAGAGUACAUCGCCCGUCAACCCAUGAAAUUCCAACAGAUGCUCCCCGGCCACCCCAAGCCAGACGAGUACAAGAUUGUCAAUAUUUCACCUUACAAGAUGCACCAACGAUGUGCCCCCAAAUUCCGAGUUGGUCGCAUCCUCCUAGCAGCAGACGCAGCCCAUCUGUGUAACCCAUGGGGAGGGCUGGGCAUAACAGGUGGCUUUGUCGAUGUUGGUGGCCUGUUUGACUGUCUUGUGGGGAUAUGGGAAAACAAGGCCGGUGAGGAUAUUCUGGAGCUGUACUCUGAGAAGAGGAUUGAGAAGUGGCAGACUGUUAUCAACCCCAUUUCACAAGAGAACUUCAGGCGAGUGUCUGAUAAGGAUCCGAGGACGAGAUUUGAGAGGGACGAGUUUAUGCAGCUGUUGAAGAAGGGGGAGACGGAUGAUGUUUUGUUGAAGGAUUUGCUUCUCGGAUUCAUGGAGGUCAGGUACGACUUUACGCAGCAUUAUAAGGUCAGGUGA